CUGAGAAGUGCAUUCUAGUGUUCAUUCACUCCCCUUUAAGAGCUGCCUAGCUACUAUCUCAUGAAAGGAGCCUCCUGCAUUCCUCCCCUUUAAUCUCAGUUUAUUGUUAGCACUGUGCCUGCCUUUAAUCCCUGCAGACCUGUAGGAGCUGAGUAGGAGAGUGAGAGAACAGAAGUUGCUUCAUUUUGGUCUUGGGGAAUUCUCAGCUUCAGCUCUGGAGAAGAUGGGCCACAAGCAAGAGGAGGAGGGCAGUUCCUGGAAGAAACAAACCAACAACAUCAGAAAAACAUUUAUUUUCAUGGAAGCACUCGGAUCAGGUGCCUUUUCGGAAGUUUUCCUGGUGAAGCACAGAGCCAGUGGCAAGCUUUUUGCUUUAAAAUGCAUUAAAAAGUCACCAGUCACCCGAGACAGCAAUCUAGAGAAUGAAAUAGCUGUGCUGAACAAAAUAAAGCAUGAAAAUAUAGUAACUCUGGAGGACAUUUAUGAGAGCACGACCCACUUUUAUCUGGUCAUGCAGCUAGUGUCUGGAGGAGAAUUAUUUGACCGUAUUUUAGAACGAGGUGUUUACACUGAAAAAGAUGCAAGUAUUGUAAUUCAGCAAGUCCUGGGAGCUGUGCAUUAUCUUCAUGAGAAUGGGAUAGUCCACCGGGACCUGAAGCCUGAAAACCUGCUCUAUCUAACUCCCGAGGACGACUCCAAAAUCAUGAUCACAGACUUUGGAUUGUCCAAAAUGGAACAGAAUGGCAUCAUGUCUACAGCAUGUGGAACUCCAGGUUAUGUUGCUCCGGAGGUACUAGAACAGAAGCCAUACAGCAAAGCUGUGGAUUGCUGGUCCAUAGGCGUCAUUACCUACAUCCUCCUGUGUGGUUACCCUCCUUUCUAUGAAGAAACAGAGUCCAAGCUGUUUGAGAAGAUCAGAGAGGGCUACUUUGAAUUUGAGUCUCCGUUUUGGGAUGAUAUCUCUGAAUCAGAUGGGGUGUGCAAGGGCACGCCUUUUGCUGCGCCUUCUUCUGCAUCUUUUGUGAGUGGCGGCAGUCUGCCGGGCAGUGGCAGCAGGGAAGACAGGAAAGUGCCUGGCAAGCACCUUCAGCAUGUGCCUUCCUCACUUGCCGCUGGAUCACAUGCCGCUGGGGGAGCCCUCUGGGCCAAGCACAGGCCCGUGGCAGAUGGUGGGAGCUCGUGCACUGGUAGCCACCACUACAAAAUGACCAAGGAUUUCAUCUGCCACUUAUUGGAGAAGGAUCCAAAUGAGAGAUUUACCUGUGAGAAAGCCCUCAGGCACCCCUGGAUUGCUGGAAACACAGCACUCCACCGUGACAUAUAUCCAUCUGUCAGUGCACAGAUCCAGAAAAACUUUGCAAAGAGCAAAUGGAAGCAAGCCUUCAAUGCUGCGGCAGUUGUUCACCACAUGAAGAAGCUCCACAUGAACUGCCACCAUCCAGGAGCCAAUGCUGAAAGUAGUCUCCCACUCAUUCAAGUGCAAAAUGCAUCGAGGCCCACCACUCCAUCAGUCACCAGCCAGGAACAGCCAAACCAAGAUGUCAGUACUUUGAUCCCUGUGUCACUAAGCCAGAAUACUUCAGACCUUUCUGACCAAAGCAGCAAGACAACAGGCAGCAAGUGUUUGGAUGGCCUGGUUAGCAAGCCCCUCCCCAUCGAUGCCAGCACAGCCGCGGAAGACCACCAGAACCCUCCAAACAGACCUCCUUUUGGCUGCCCUGCAGCAUGUGGGACACAUGAGAAAGUGAAGACAACCUUUUGCUCUGAGUCGGUACUUCUCAAAAGAGGAGCCAAGCCCCAACAUUUCAAAUCAGAAGUCCUAGUUCCUGUAAAAGCCAGUAACUCAUAUUUUGGCACUGGACAGACUGGAGUUUGUUUGGUCAUGUGACUGGAGAAUCAGUCCUUUGAGUUGCCGUGCGCAUCCACGUUUACAGAAGGGCUAUUUGGUUCUUCUCCGUGCUUCAAUGUCAAACAUCAGUAGUGCAAGAAGAGAAGGGUCUGCCCUGAACUCUGCCAAGGAGACCUGUGUUCUCAGAUGGAAAUAGUCGUUCAUUGAAGUCGUGCACAUCAAUAGGCCUAAGGAAUCCUAUGGUGCAAUGAUCCUGAAAUGUUGGAAGGGCCAUUCAUACGGACAGAGAAGCGAUAUGGAAGAGAGACACCAGGCUUCUGCUAGCAGUUUCAAUGUAUUAAUCUACAUCCUUGCUGUAUUUUAUCUUUGGGUUGUGGGGAGUAUGUGUAUGCUGUGAAUCUGUAGCUGUCCAGUGGAAUAUCAUAAAUAACAAUUGCCCCGUGUUUUUGUACUGAACUUACAGUAUGUCGAAGAGGUUGUGAAAUGGAAAGUAUUUUAUGCUGACUCAAUUAUAGCUUUCAAUUAUGAUGUGGGAGCAAUCUGCCAUGCUCAGUUGCUGCACAGUUGCCAUCCAUUUCAAUGGAGCUUGCACAGAGCUUCUGUACAGCCCCCAGUGAGCAGAGGAGGCUGCACAGCCUCCUCUCAUCUCUCUGAAGUUAAUUUCUGCUUCCAGAUCAGUAACUGUAUAAUGUAUCUUCUGCUUAAUAAAGCUAAUUGGUUUUUAA